AGGGGGGGGGGGGGAGAGAGAGAGAGAGAGAGAGAGCCUUCCUUUCCUUUCCUUUCCUUUUCCUUCCUCUUCUCCAAAUUUACGCCCUCACCCCGGCCCCAACUUCUUCUUCUUUUCUUCCUUGCUGUGCCUGUGGUGUGCUCAUGUGAACGAUGGCCACCGCCACAAAUUUGACAUGGAAUCCCAAGCUUCCCCUCAAGUUUCCCUCUCCCCCUUCCCUCCCUUCUUACAGUUACAGCCGUUCAAUUCCUCUCCGCCGCCCCAGCGCCUUGUCAGCACGCGCCUUCCGCCGGAGCGACCUGGACAACUUCGCCAAGCGGGUGGCGUCGGGCGAGGCUUGGAGGGACGCGUGGCGCAGUGCCAACAACGGCUUUGAGCUCUUCAUCUUCGAGGCCAGGAAGACGGCCGAACGCCUCGACAGGCACUACGCUCUCUCUCGGCGGCUCAGCGCGGUUGCACAAUCAGCCGCUGACCGGGCACGUGACCUCGACCGCGAAUUCGAAAUCAGGCAGCGGUGGCGGACUUUCACUCUCGAUUUCAGCAGGAAUUGGCCGCGGUAUAGGAAGGAGCUCAAUGAUUACCUUGAAACUCCAUUGGGAAGAUGCUUUGCUACCAUUUUCUUCCUCUGGUUCGCACUAUCUGGGUGGCUUUUCCGAUGCUUGAUAUUUGCUACAUGGAUCCUGCCUUUCGCCGGCCCACUUCUCAUUGGAACUGUGGCGAACAAUCUGAUCAUAAAGGGGGAUUGUCCAGCCUGCAAAAGGCAGUUUGUGGGCUACAAGAACCAGGUAAUUCGGUGUGCUAGCUGCGGAAACAUUGUAUGGCAACCCAAAGGGGACUUCUUUUCAGGAGGUGGUCGAGGCCCCAACACCUCUUCAAAGUCGUCUCAACCUGAUAUUAUCGAUGUCGAAUUCGAGGAGAAAUGAGGAUGUAGAGUUUGGUGGAAUGAAUUCAUGUGGCAUAUACGGAAACCGGAAGCAUGCAAGAUAGACACCAUUCCUUGUAAUAAAAGUAGGAUUUGCAUAGAACUUCGUAUUCAGGAAUUGUGGUGUUUUGUAUAAUAGCUUUCUCAUAGGUGAAUUGAGCGAUAGUGAAUUGCCUGAGGCUUCAUACUGGAAAACCUUCGGUAGGGAACCUGGACAUUUCUGGAGAUACCAAGGACUCAGCAACAGAAACAUGUAAUGAUUUUCUGCACAAUUUUUUUGCUGCAGCAAGAAAUAUGAGCGAAGAUAAAUUUCAUUGCAA